GGAAAAUAUUGCCUGAGUUGAAACGUUGAACAUGAAGUAGAAUAAAUGAGACGGACAUAUACUUCCGUCCAAAGAACCGUCCAAGUUUGGUUCAAAUUACUUCGGCCGCCAGCUUCUCAAUUAAUCUGCAGCAGCACUUUUCCUCCAGCUGUAUUCUUCCGCAGCAUCAGAGUGGUAACGAUGACACCAACAAAUUCAGAUACAGACAAGUAUUUAAUUGUGAAGGUGAAUGAACAUCUAAAGAAUGAGCUAGAGAAAGUUCAGGCUGAGAAGAAAUUGUUGUUGGACCAAAUUGAAAAGCUUAGGAUGAAGAAACAUCAAUACAAAGGAGAAGCUAAAAGAGAAUCAAGUGCAGAAUAGAAUGUUAUUUAUUGUAUUCUUUUAACCUGAUUCUCAAUAGGAGUAAUUUUAUCUAUUUGGAUUGGUAGGAUAUAGCUAUGAAAGAAACAUGUAUUACUUAAUUAGUGAUUUUGUAAUGUACUAUCAUACUUUGUGUAUGGAGGUACUUUUUUUAUUUAUUAUAAAAUGUAAAUUAGUUUUGAUUGUACUGGAAUGAACUUGGAAGUUGAAUUUCAUUAUUCUGUUUUGGAAUCUUGGUAAAGUGU